CCCCCCCCAUUUACCAUUUUACACUAGGAAAUACUGAGUUGUUCAUGAUUUAUCUUACUAUGUUAGCAUAUUUGCUUCUAUAUCUCACGACUUCCAUAAUCUCUGAGGCUUUCAACUCAUCAUCAAAUUCUAGAAAUAUUUAAUCUUCUUGGCAUUCUUAACAAUGGGCCGCAGGAAGGUAAAACAUGAAUUGAUUUCCAAUGAAUCUGCCAGGAAAGUGACCUUCAGGAAGAGGAAGGCUGGCCUACUGAAGAAGCUUGAUGAACUCGCAACUCUUUGUGGGGUUAUUGCUUGCGCUAUUAUUUUCAGUGCCUAUGAUGAUCAACCAGAGAUCUGGCCUUCCCCCGCAGAAGCAUUGUUUGCGUUUGAAGAGUUGAAGAGAUUACCAUCAAGAAAGCCAGGAAAAUACAUGGUGGACCAAGAAGCUUUUCUCAGCACAAACGUAUCCAAGCUGAAUCAGCAACUGGAGAAACAAAGGCGGAAAAAUCUAGGGCUUGAGUUGGAGUUAAUGAUGGCCGGCUGCAAAGAAGGUAUGGAUUUACAUGAUUUAAAACGCAUAAAAAACCCGUCUGAAUCAAUUCAGUUUCUGGAGGAAAUGAUUGCGUCUGUCACCUCUGAGAUCGAGCAUGCUGAGAAUGAGAAUAAUGCUUAAUUGUUGGUGGUUUAGGGAAUGGAUUGAUUAAAGACUAAACCUUUCAGAUUAAGGCUGUUUUAGAAUCUUGUUUUCCAUAAGAGAACUCUCAGCAGUUCAUAUGCUUUGCUCAUCUUUAUAUUUUCUCCUUCUGUUGAACUGUGACCCUUUCAUCUCAUCUGGUUGAAUAUAUAUCUUUAAUUAUAGCAA